AUGAGUAACAAACAAGACAUGAUGAAAAUUCAGAAUUGUCUUCUCAAGGUGAAUAUCCACUGUGAAGGUUGUGAGCAGAAAGUAAAGAAACUUCUUCAGAAAAUUGAAGGGGUGUAUUCUGUGAAUAUAGAUGCAGAACAAGGGAAAGUUUUGGUGUCAGGUCAUGUAGAUCCGGCAAAGCUCAUAAAGAAGCUGAGAAGUUCUGGGAAAUAUGCUGAACUAUGGGGUGGCCAGAGAAGCAUGGUGUUUAAUCAAAAUCAGAACUUUCAGCAACAGCAACAACAGCAACCUCAGUUUAAGAACGUGCAAAUGGAGAACAACAAAGGAGGUAAGAAUAGUAAGCCUCAGAAUCAAAAGGGUCAGAAAGGCGGUGGCGGCGGCGGCGGUGGUGUUCAAGUUGCACAGUUUCAAAAUCCUAAAGGGGGAAAAGAUCUGAAAGGAGCGAACAAAUCUCAGAAACAUGUCAAUUUUGACUUGUCUGAGGAUGAGUUUGAUGAGAGUGAUGGUGAUUUUGAUGACUAUGAUGAUGAAGAUGAUUUUGAUGAUGAUGAUGAAGAUGAUGAUUUUGGUCAUGGACAAGCUCAUGGCAAUGGAUUUGGGCAUCCUAUGCAAAAUAACAAGAUGAUGGCUAUGAUGGGUAAUGGUCGCGGGCCACAGCUAGGGCCUGGGGGUAUGAUGAAUGGGCCUGGGGGUAUGAUGAAUGGGCCUGGGGGUAUGAACAACCAUAAAGGUAAUGGUUUUGGUGGUGGGGGUGGAGGUGGAGUUGGUAAUUAUGCAUCUGCCAAAAAAGGUGAUGUUUUAGAUCUACCUAUGCAGAUGAAGGGUAAAGGUGGAAAUUACGGCGAGGUGAAAAAUGGGAAAAAAGGCGGUGGUGGUGGUGGUGGUGGUGGUGAAGAUGGUGGAAAAAAGAACAAAGGAGGUGGAAAGCAAAAAGGUGAAAGUGAUUGGGAAGAUGAAAAAAAUAGUAGCAAGAAGAAGAAGAAUGGUAAAACCAAAAAUAGUAGUGGUGGCUUUCUAGUAAAGUUUCUAGGCCUUGGAAAAAAAAGCAAGAAGGGAAGUGCAAGUGAAGCAACAAACAAGAACAAAAACAAUGGAGGAGGAGGUGGAAACAAAGGGAAAGAAGGUAAGAAAGGUGGAACAAAAUUGGAUAAACUUGAUUUUGAUUUUCAAGAUUUUGAUAUUAGUACUCCUCAUGGUAAAAAUGGUAAAUCUGGAAAUGGAAAUGGGAAAGGUAAUCCUGCCAAGGUUAAUAAUAAUGGUCAUGGUAACAAUAAUGGGAAUGUGGGCCAAAUGGGUCCAAUGGGUGGUGGAAUGAAUCAGAUGGGCGGGAUGGGUCGGAUGGCUCCAAUGGGCCAAAUGGGUCCAAUGGACCACAUGAGGCCGGCAGUGCAAGGGUUACCGGCGGGUGCAGCGGCUGCAAUGAGCGGUGGAUAUUAUCCAGGAAUGCAGCAGAUGCAGAUGCAACCGAAUCCUUAUCAGCAGCAACAACAGCAGCAGCAACAGCAAUACAUGGCGGCUAUGAUGAUGCAGCAACAGCAGCAACAACAGCAAGCAAAUAUGAACAGCAUGUAUCCACCACACAUGAUGUAUGGAGGAGGAAGGACACAUCCAUCAAUGAACUACAUGCCGCCACCACCAAUGCCAUCACACCCUAUGGCAGAUCCAAUUACUCAUGUUUUCAGCGAUGAGAACACCGAGAGUUGCAGUAUCAUGUAA